CCUUUGUGAAUUGUUGGGUAUCCUUUUAAAACUAUUCAAUAAAGCAAAAGGGUCCUGACCCAAAAUUUUUUAAUUUUUAAUUGGCUUUUUUCCCUUAAAAUUAAAAAGUAAAAAAUAUUUCAACUUUAAUUUAAUUUUUUUUAGAAAUUGUUUAAAUUUUCUGGUAAUUGUAUCUUUUAAAUCAGUUUUUCAGAAAAAGAUUUUUUUUUUCCUUAAAAUUAUUUGAUGAAAUUCAUCCUAUAAGCCCUUACGCGAUAGGAAGAGCACAGAUAAAUAAUUAUAUCGAAAUGUUGAGACCACUCACAGCAAGAAUUGAACACCGGGCCGGUUGCGAGGUUAUUAACUCCGUUGCCAGUUGGUGUACUACCCUGAAACAGAGUUUAGUGGGGCGGUCGUAUGUGUCAGCUGCACCUCAGGGAACCGCAGAUCAGAGAAGUAAUGGAGCCGAUGUUGGGAGUACCAAGCAUGGUGCAGGUGAUGAAGUCGAUGCAGGGAAGCAAGUUGUAAUAGGGCCCCGAGGUGGUAACCUAAUGGAAGACACAGAUAAGGGUGUAGGAAAAGAUGCUGAUAUGUUUGCUUUGGCCAGUCAGCGACCUAAUGGUUCGUCAAAAGCUCUGAAGCGGGAACGCCAAUAUUUCAAGAGCACUUGUCUCGGGAUUCCCAACUUUUGCUGGACAACUAGCUUACUGUCAACGGCUGAUCCAAUUUCUAGUUUUGAAGUGACAAGAAUUCAAAGGUUCCACAGUGGCAUUACGCUGGGGACCAGAUUAGACCGAGCCAGAUAUGCAGGAUAUCACUCAGAUGGAUGUAAAUGCUCCCAGUGCUAUGGGAGUAAAUCUUUAGUCAGAAGUAUGGGGUACGGAGGUCCUGGCAACGAACAAAAUAGUGGUCAUGAUUUAGGAAAGCUUGUAGGAAUGGUACUACAAGUAACUGGACGACCACCUAGAGUACGUAGGCAAGUCGGAGCAGGUGGUAGUGCUUGCGCUGGUGGCAACACAAGGCCUGUCCUGCGUUCGAGUCCCAAACCCUUGUCGGCUAGAGCCUUAGCAAUGCAAGGAUAUAUCGUUACAAGGCUUAUAAUCGAUAAGAUUAAAGACAACAUAAGACAUCUUGAAGAUGAGCAUGCAUGUGGAGAAAUACGAGGACAUAUACUGGAUCGUAUACACGAAAAAAAGCAGGCAAUAUUGAGCGCGUGUGAAAGGCACCGCCGAUAUCGUGAACAUCGAAGAGGAUGCCACCGGGAACGACAAUGGGAAGAUGACUGAGCAAAUUGACACCGAGGGUGCGUAUGCUCCAAUUGUCACAAUUUCCUCCAGUGCCGCGGAUUUAGUUGCAGUGGUGGUGGUUGUGAUGGUUAUGGUGCAUGGAAUGUAAGUAAAAGGUAUGGAAGCAAUGCAAAGAAACACUGGUCUAUCUAGGACGAAGAUGGAGUUUCAUUUGAAUCGGUUCGUGUCAGUUGAGUAUGUACGCGAAAACUAGGAGGGUUACAUUGCCUACUGAUCCCGGUACAUGCACUUCGACGAAUGCAUGCAACAACUCAGAGGAUGUCUUAUUCAAUAAGGUACCGCUGAUGAAGAUAUAGUAUUAAGGCACGCCUUUGGCUACGCUAUAGUAAUAUUAAUUUAUACGGAGUUUGAUUUAUUUUUCUAGUAUUUAUUCUCGAUUUAAAAUAAAAGGAUACCUAACGAAA